GAAUCUGAAGCAUCAUUCAAGCAUUUGGAAUAUAGAAUUGCAUUGACCGUAUGUUAUUUGGAGAAAAUGCUCCCUCCUUCAUUCUUUGAUAUAACGGUUCACUUACUAGUUCAUCUCGCCCACGAGGCUGCUAUUGCUGGACCAGUCCAAUAUCGAUGGAUGUAUCCCAUUGAAAGGUAUUUACAAACAUUGAAACGAUAUGUUCGAAAUAAAAAUUAUCCGGAAGGGAGCAUUUGCAUAGGAUAUCUUGCAGACGAGGCUUUGGCAUUUUGCUCCAUGUACUUAUCAGACAUUGAGACUCGUCGUACUCGUCGUGGUCGUAAUGCCGAUGUUUCUACCCCUCGUGAAGGCUUGUCAAUCUUUGCAUACUCAGGUCGUUGUGUGGGUAAAGCCACACAAGUAGAUCUUGAAAGAAGUGUAUGGGAGCAAUGUCGCAAAUAUAUUUUGUUCAAUUGCAGCGAAGUCUCUCCAUUUCUAGAGUGAGAUAUUUUAUUAGAUGUUUAGCCCCUUUUUUUGGUAUGUCUAGU